CUCUGCCUUGCAGCGUCUCUGCCCUUCGUCAUCCUGACACUGGUGAACUCCCCAUACAAGCGGGGCUUCUACUGCAAUGACGACUCCAUCCGCUACCCCUACAAGGCAGACACCAUCACCCAUGGCCUCAUGGCUGGGGUCACCAUCACCUGCACCGUUGUCAUUAUCUCAUCAGGGGAGGCAUACUUGGUCUACACAGAGCGACUCUACUCCAAGUCAGAGUUCAACAACUACCUGGCUGCCCUCUACAAGGUGGUGGGGACCUUCCUCUUCGGGGGGGCCAUCAGCCAGUCCCUGACUGACCUGGCCAAAUAUAUGAUCGGCCGUCUCCGGCCAAACUUCCUGGCCGUCUGCAAUCCCGACUGGUCCAAGGUGAACUGUUCCAUCUACGUGCAGCUGGAGAACGUCUGCCAGGGGGAGAGCAGGAACAUCACCGAGUCCAGACUGUCCUUCUAUUCUGGGCACUCCUCCUUUGGGAUGUACUGCAUGAUGUUCCUGGCGCUCUACGUGCAAGCCCGGUUGGUGGGGAAGUGGGCCCGGCUGCUGCGCCCCACCAUCCAGUUCUUCCUCAUCGCCUUCGCCAUCUAUGUGGGCUACACAAGGGUGUCCGACUACAAGCACCACUGGAGCGAUGUGCUGGCAGGGCUGCUCCAAGGGGCUCUCAUUGCCGUCCUCAUC